AUGGAAAGACUUGACGAAGACAGUGCCGAUUUGAAUUUUUUAGAAGAAAAUUUAGAGAAAACUGAAGAUUUAACUGAAAAAAUGGUCCACGGAAAUGAUUUGGAUUCUUACUUAAAUUCUAUCGGCAAAUGUAAUAAAGCCAUGGAAGUUUUGGGUGCAAUGAAUUUAAAAAGUAGUGAAAAAAUUAUUGGACAGUUGAAACAAAUAUUAAAAGCCGCAAUGCUUCAAUUAGAGGAUCUUUUUCGACUUUGGUUAAUAGAACGAAGUAACCCUAUUGAACCACUUUCUUUUCUAACAAAGAAAUUGGAGAUACCUGGAAUACCAAUUUCUACUGCAAAAAACCUUGCGACAUUAUCUUCUUACCUUGCAACAACCGGUUUAGAACUCGGUUAUACAAGCGAAUUUGCUAAAGUAUAUAUUGAUGUUCGAUCAAAUUAUCUCGUGAAAUCAUUAACAAUGCUGGCUCAGGCUUCAAUCAGCACUGCUGAAAAGAGAAGUACCCCGGUAUAUGAAAAGG